CCUCGGGCCGAGCCCCUUCACGGCGAAUCGCCUCAGCGGCCGUAGGGGCGAUUCCGGAAUAAGCGGACGAACCACCAACGGGGAACGAGCGCUACGUCGAGGAGGAGGGGCCAAGCCCGGCGGGGGCCUCUCUGGCCCCACCAGUCCCUGUUCUCGAUAGUUUUCCGGAAGAAAGGGAUCUGGGAGCGAGAGAGAUGUGGCGCAGAGCUAGGAGAACGCGCCGCGCGGUGACGCUCUGGCCCGACGCCGACGGCCUCUCUGUGGCUCCGGGAGGACCCGGCGGGCCGAGUACUGGAGGGAAGCCCUGCCUGCUGGGCCUCCAGCACAUCCAGCCUGGCCUCCGGCCGGCCUGCCCUUGAUCCUCCUACUUAUCCACCUGUCCUCCACGGAGCCAGAGGCCAGGCCCGCACUGUCAGGCUUGACUCCUUGCCCAUACCACCCUCCCAUGGCCUCCUGCCCAGGACCAGGGCCUUGCUGAUGUGGUAACAAAGCAGAGGGCCAGCAGAUGAAUGGACACCUCGAAACAGAGGAGCAGGGGGAUCAGAGGCCAGACCAGGAGCUGACCUGGAGCUGGGGCCACAGGCCUAGAAGCGCCCUGGACGGGGCCAAGGCCAUGGCCCCCCCACCGCCGCCACCAUUGGCCGCCAGCACCCCGCUCCUGCAUGGCGAGUUUGGCUCCUUCCCGGCCCGCAGCUCCCGCUUCGCCCUCACUCUCACACCACAGGCCCUACACAUACAGCGGCUGCGCCCGAAGCCUGAAGCCCGGCCCCGGGGCGGCCUGGUCCCGCUGGCCGAGGUGUCCGGCUGCUGCACCCUGCGGAGCCGCAGCCCCUCGGACGCCGCAGCGGCCUACUUCUGCAUCUACACCUAUCCGCAGGGCCGGCGCGGGGGCCGGCGCAGAGCCGCCCGCACCUUUCGGGUCGACGGGGCGGCCACCUACGAGGAGAACCGCGCUGAGGCCCAGCGCUGGGCCACUGCCCUCAUGUGUCUGCUCCGCGGACUGCCGCUGCCUGGGGACGGGGAAAUAACCCCCGAGCUUCUGCCAAAGCCACCCCGAUUGCUCCUAUUGGUCAAUCCCCUUGGGGGGCGGGGCCUGGCCUGGCAGUGGUGUAAGACCCACGUGCUGCCCAUGAUCUCCGAAGCUGGGCUGUCCUUCAACCUCAUCCAGACAGAACGACAGAACCAUGCCCGGGAGCUGGUUCAGGGGCUGAGGCUGAGUGAGUGGGACGGCAUUGUCACGGUCUCCGGAGACGGGCUGCUGUUUGAGGUGCUGAACGGAUUCCUGGACCGCCCUGACUGGGAAGAGGCUGUGAAGACGCCCGUGGGCAUCCUCCCCUGUGGCUCAGGCAAUGCCUUGGCCGGAGCUGUGAACCAGCAUGGGGGGUUUGAACCUGCCCUGGGUGUGGACCUGCUGCUCAAUUGCUCGCUGCUACUCUGCCGGGGCGGCAGCCGCCCGCUGGACCUGAUGUCUGUGACGCUGGCCUCCGGCUCCCGCUGCUUGUCCUUCCUGUCUGUGGCCUGGGGCUUCGUGUCAGACGUGGAUAUCCAGAGCGAGCGCUUCAGGGCCCUGGGCAGUGCCCGCUUCACACUGGGCACAGUGCUGGGCCUCGCCACACUGCACACCUACCGAGGACGCCUCUCCUACCUCCCUGCCACCGUGGAGCCCACCUCACCCACCCCUGCCCGUGGCCUGCCCCGUGCCAAGUCAGAGCUGACCCUGGCCCCGGCCCCGGCCCCGGCCCCACCUGUGGCACACUCACCCCUGCAUCGUUCAGUGUCUGACCUGCCCCUGCCCCUGCCCCUGCCCCAGCCUGCCCUGACCUCCCCUGGCUCGCCUGAACCCCUGCCCAUCCUGUCCCUCAAUGGCGGAGGCCCAGAGUUGGCCGGGGACUGGGGUGGGGCUGGGGAUGCCCCCCUGUCCCCAGACCCACCACUGCGCUCACCGCCUAGUUCCCCUAAGGCAGCUUUACUGUCACCCAUCACCGAGGGGGUCCCAGAAACGUUAGCAUCCUCUGGGCUUCCCCCUCCCACCCCCGGCUCUCCGGGAGCCGUCUCUACCAGGGGCCCGCAUGACCACCUGCUCCCUCCUCUGGGCACCCCACUCCCCCCAGGCUGGGUGACGCUGGAGGGGGACUUUGUGCUCAUGCUGGCCAUCUCACCUAGCCACCUGGGGGCAGACCUGGUGGCAGCUCCCCACGCGCGCUUUGACGACGGCCUGGUGCACCUGUGCUGGGUGCGUGGUGGCAUCUCCCGGGCUGCGCUGCUACGCCUCUUUCUGGCCAUGGAGCGAGGUAGCCACUUCAGCCUGGGCUGUCCGCAGCUGGGCUACGCCGCGGCCCGUGCCUUCCGCCUCGAGCCUCUCACGCCUCGGGGCGUGCUCACUGUGGACGGAGAGCAGGUGGAGUACGGGCCACUGCAGGCGCAGAUGCACCCGGGCCUCGGCACGCUGCUCACUGGACCUCCCGGCUGCCCGCGUCGGGAGCCUUAAACCCAACGAAGCUUGCGGCCCGCCGGGGGCGGGGCCGACAUUCCAAGGAGGCGGAGCCUGACCUAAGGGCGUGGCCUAGCUGCUAGAGUUAGGGUGAGGGUCCCACACGCAGGGGCCCAGCCCCGUCUCAGGAUUGCGCCCGCCCCCAGGGGACCAGAGGUAAAGUUGGAGUGUGGCCCGAAUUCCGGAGGCUCAUGAUGGUCACAAACGGGCUGGCCCCGAGGGUAGUGCCUGACCGAUGAGGGCGGGGCUCAGCCCAAACCCUCGCUUCCGGCUCGUAGGACGCCGGGUCGACUGAGGGCGGGGACUGUCUUACGUCUUGUCCAAUGACGGGACCUGGCAUGUGCGGGCUGGGGAAGGCCUUAGUUCAUUAGCCAGUCAGGGCCCGGGUCUCGCCCCAUCCAUUCCGGUGCCUCCACUUAACUGGCCAAUCAGCCCACGAGGGGCAGGUUCCCCGGGGCCGACGCUCGGAUUUGCACUAAUGUUCCUCCUCACCCCCUUGCCGGUGGGGGGCGGGGAAACGACCGUCUCCUGUCUUCUGUCUCCUGUGCGUCCCGACCCCAAUCUUCAGAGCAAUUGAAAAGGUCUAUGCAAUAAAGGCAGUCGUUG